CAGAAACCGGAUGUCAAAAACGUCAUUAUAUUAUUUGUUAGUAAACAAAUCAGUUUUGGAAUCGAACUAUUUUUUGUAUUUAUUUAAAAAUCACUUCAAAAUAUCGCUAAAAGAUUCCUAUUUAUGAAUUCUUCACAUUUUACCAUAAUUUAUCAGGGCUAUGCUUCUCAAUAUUGUUUUUUUACUAUGAUUAUGAUGACUAUUUUUCCGCAAUGAGAUAUGUAGUUAUAGCUUUAAUUUGUGCUUUCAUAUCAUGCUCUAUUUAUUGGUAUUCUUGUUUUUUAUCAAAAAAUGAUGAAUAUUUAAAUCUUCCUGAUGUGACUAGUAAAAUAGGAAGCAUAUUCGCAAAGUUGGAUGUGAAUAAGGAUGGUGUCAUUAAUGCAUCUGAAUUUUUUGCUUUGAGUUCUGACUAUAUUAUUUUACAGCGAGUUGAAGAUAAUUCUUUUACUAGUUGUGUUUUGAAGGAUUUUCCAGAACUUCCUGUUCAAAUUGAUGAGCAAAUAAUCAAUUUAGAAGUUGGUUUCAAACCUUUAGAUUUAAAUUCCAUGAAGAAGAAUGUAACUGAAUUAUCUAAGGAUGAUAUAAAUUCAUUGCAAGGUUUAUUAAAUUGGAAAAGCCCAUUUAAACCCCAGCUUGGAUUUGGUGCCAAAUAUUUUUCAAUAUUCUUACCUACUAACUCUCACAUCAAAGUUGGUGAACCAUGGUGGAUAUUUGAAGCAAAGCCCAGUGAGUACUUAGGUCCCCUUUCAAGCAGAAGAUAUUUCCCUCCAUGUGUUGAAAAAAAGUUCCUCUUUUUACAUGCAUUACUUAAUCUCUUCCAUCCAUAUCCAUUUCUGUGGACAAGGUUUGGCCCCCAAGGAACUGCUGCUGUUAUAAGAGCUAUAGAAGAAGAUUUUUAUGAUAUUGUCUUCCGAAUUCAUGCUGAAUUUCAACUAAAUCAACCUCCUGAACAUCCCUUUUGGUUUACUCCAUCACAGUUUUCUGGUCGAUUGAUUAUUAAUAAAGAUGGCACUGUUGUUAAAUUUUUUCACUUAGAAGUUCCUAAUACUCUGCUCAAUGUUGAUAUGGAAUGGUAUAAUGGGCCUUCAGAAGACAGUAUGGAAGUGGACAUCGGACACAUACCAGAAAUGUCUCUAAUAUCAUCCGCUACUUCCUUUCCCUCUUCUAGCAAAAGAGGAUUUGAAAAAGACAUAUCGACCAUGAAAUGGACGCAAGAAAUUCCUUUGCAAGAAGCAUUAGGUGCUUUAGAAUUAAAAUUUUAUGCAUUUAAGAAGGUUAAAUAUUACAGUAUGAAUGAAGCAUUUCAACUAGCAGCAGUUGAAUCUAAACUUGUUCAUGGCAUAGUUUUGUGGGGCAACCUGGAUGACCAGUCUUGCUGAGGUUCAGGGCGGACUUUGCGAGAAACUGCUCUUGCUAGUCCGCCCAUUCUUCAAUAUCUGGAAACACAUUAUAUUAGUUUCUGGAUUACUGUUGCUGAAUUAGAAAAAGUUCUGAAAGAAUCAUUUGACUCAAUAUCAUUAAAUUACGCUCAAGCUUGUUUGUCUGUUUAUGAGUUUCCUGUUGAAGUUAUAACUUUUCAUGCUAAUGCAAGUGUAAUUCAUCAUUUAAAUGCUAAUUAUUUGUUAGGUAUGAUUGAUGCUGAGAAUUCUUACUUUUCAACUCAAGACCCUCUGGAAAAACUUUAUUUGGAUUUUCUGGAAAAGGGGCUUUCAAUGAGUAAAAAUGAAGAAAGUAAUGUUAAACAGGAAUUAUAGCUGCUUUUGAUAUUUAUUAAUUAUGUAUUGAAAUUGCAUUUAAGAUGUUUGCUUCAUUAUAAGUAAACACAUUCCAUUCUAACUGUGAUAAAAGUUUAAUAAUUUACUAAAAAAAUUAAACUGAUAAAUUAUAUUUAAAUAUUAUUUAUUUUUCUCAUUUAAUAAUUUAAAUCUCAUUUUUAACUUUGCUUUUAGUUUUAAAUUUUGCUUUAAUAUUGUUGAGUUUAAGAUAUCUCUUUGAUAACUAUAUGAUAAAUUACUAUUUAUGAAUUUUUAUGUAUGGAGUAUAGUUCAAAAACUUUAUUUUAAUUUAAUGUAGUCUUUAUUUUAAUGUAAUCUUAAUUUUAAUUAAUAUGCUCUAUUUUA